UCUUCCAUCUACGUGGCAUUAGCGGAGCGUAUUGUUCGAUGAAGGACAGAAAUUAAUUGUACGAGAUAACGGCAGGAUUCGAUGGGGACCUCUUACUGUACUCGAGGGAAAGGGAUAGAGCCUUGGGAAUACUCAUCAGACGAGGCGGAUGAGGAGUAUGAAUCUCUUCAGGCUGAAGCUCGCAGAAAACGGGAUGCUCGUGAACGCGAAACAGGGCCACACAGUAAUAGGCCUACGCAAGCAUUCAAUGGCCCUGUCUUCAACAACUGCAAUAUCAACUUCAUCUCAUUAGCUCCGGCUCAACCACUCGCUUCAUUACCAGCUCCACCCCGUCCAGCCACCCUCCCGUCAGCCUCUCUGCACGCACUACAACCGUAUCCACCUUCCCAACACCCUUACGUCUGCCUCGGCACCGCAGCUGUCCCACUCGCCACAACUGAAUAUCCGUCCUACAUCACUGACAUCGACUCAUGUUCCACAUGCGGCGCUCGUCUAGAUUACAACAAUUGGCCCAAUCUAAACAGCGUCCCCCCUCCUCUAUUCUUAUACGAGUCGCACAUCGCCAUCACGGCGACUAACAGUCAGCUGCAUUAUAGCUGCUUAAUAUACAAGGAAAACCUUCUACGACUGCGGUGCCGAUGCUCGUUAGUGACCUGGUACAGCACUUAUGGAACCAUCUGAAUCGGGGAGGGGAGAGUGUGAUGGAGGCCCACA